AUGGACCCGUUGGAGGUGUUGCCCGAGGAGGUGUGGCUGCACCACGUGCUGCUGGCCCUCUUCGCACAUGACGACAGCGCUAGCGCGCCGUCUCUGCUGGGCCACAAGGCCGUGCUGGCCUGCGCGGGCGUGAGUCGCAACUGGCGUCGGCUGGCCCUCGAUCAGGCCCAGUGGCGCACUGCGGUGUGGAAACAAUGGGGCACCGACCUGCUCCCACUGCCCGCCUCCAAGUCCCCCCUUCUCUGGGCGCCUCCCCACAGCCAGCCCCCAACGACCGAAACACAGCUUAACUCACAUCAGGACCCAGCGGGCUGGCACGAGUUCUUCUGGGCUGCGCACCGGGCGCUGCGGGGAAUGUCGAGGGGAGCGCCCGGUUGGGAGGAUUGCGCCGUGCGUUUCGGAUUGAUGGGCGCCAUCAGAGACCCCCUCGAUCGCAACAGCGACAUCGACUGCUGGGCGUCCUGCUUCUUCGCCGCCACGCGCUGGAAUCGUGCCGAUGUGUUCGCGCGACUGGUCACCAUGUGCGAGGCGCGUGGCGGCUUUGCGCUGGUGUGGCGGGCCUUCAGCCACGGUGUGGAUCUGCAGUGGGGCGACGGUCACCAGCACAGCCUCAUGCAUGAGGCCAUUCGUAGCGGCUCUGCAGAGAUCUUGCGCACUCUGUUGCGGUACUAUGGAGACACCAAUCGUGGUCUUCUGUUGAUCUGGUGCGCCCAGGGCAACGCACACGGCAAGGAGGAUCUAGUGGAAAUGGUGCUCGAACCAGAGCGAAACAGACAUGCGGUCACCCACCAGGUCUGCAAGCAGGGCCGGGAUGCCCUCAUCACCGCUUGCCUCCACAACGACUUCAAGCUGGCCAAGCUUUUCAUUCAAGUGGAGCUGUGGAUUUCCGCGGGCGCCAACGUGAACGCCCUGGACACCCACGACGCUACGCCCCUCCACAAAGCGGCUGAAGCCAACAAUCACCAGCUGAUCCACACACUAGUAAAGCAUGGAGCUCACACCGAUGCGCGAAACAAAAGCCAGCGCACGCCACUGCACAUAGCGGCCAAGCGUGGUCACAGCGCCACCAUCCGCGCUCUUCUCGAUGCGGGCGCGGAGGCCUCGGUGUGGGACGCACGCGGGCGUCGGCCGCUGGACCAGUUGGCCGCCAGCGUCCAUCCAGUGACACGAAAGCUCCUUGCUGACCGAACGAGUGCGCCCGAGGCUCAAGCUCCACCACCGACCAGUGCUGCCGCCACCGCCGAUGGCGAUGACGAUGACAAUGGCGAUGACGAAAGCAGCCUCAACAUCUGGUGA